CAGCCUGAUCCAUGUGAUCCUGUCCUGAGGCUCCAUGACUUGUCAGGUGGUGGUGUUGUACUUUGCAAAAAGUUCUGAACUAGCUGGCGUUCGAUCUGAAAACAUAAUCGUCCCCCAAGAAAUAACAUCCAAGCAACUUUGGGAGAAAAUCACUUCAUUGCACCCAAGGCUUUGCAUUAUUCAAGAUUUUGUGGUCCUCGCUGUCCGUCAGGAAUAUGUUGCUAUUGGUGAUGAGGUCAUAAGAUUGCACCCUGGGGACGAAGUUGCUGUCAUUCCUCCUGUCAGUGGUGGCUAGAACUCUGAGUCUGGAUUCCAAUGGUGAUUACUUAUGUACGGAUAUCGCUGGUUGAAGUCUAAUCUUGCGGGCUGCUGCUGGAUUUAUCUUUAUGCCUAUUAUUUACUGAAUUCUGGUAAGAGUCAGUACAAUUUGUGGUGGAGGUCUCCUGUUUGUUUUG